AUGUAUUUGCAAAGUCUGAAGAACACUUUCUUCGUCGAUUGUUUGGAAUAUUUACAUCUUACAAGUGUAUAUGAGGACAUACCCGGGAAAUACACUGAUAUACACGAUGCUUCAGAAAGCAAACAAUCCAUCCUGACCGAUAUAGAAGCUGAGACCAGCACGGACUACGAAAAGCACGCGGACCCUUUCCUGGUGGACUGGAAUGGUGAUGAUGAUCCUGAUAACCCACAAAAUUGGCCCCAAGCAAAAAAAAAUUUCAUCACCAUAGAGAUUAUGAUGCUGACAUGUAUUACCUACAUGGGCUCCUCAAUUUACACACCGGGGCAAGAAGGAAUUCAGAAUGACUUUCACGUAGGUCAUGUCACCGCCACACUAAAUCUAUCAUUGUACGUUCUCGGCUAUGGGUUGGGCCAAGUAUUUUUCUCUCCACUAUCCGAAGUUGCCAAAAUCGGUAGACAGCAACUUUACAUCAUAACUUACUUUCUAUUUAUGGUCUUUCAAAUAGGGUGUGCAACUGUGCAAAACAUCGAAGGAUUAAUCAUUUUAAGAUUCAUCUCUGGUAUAUUAUGCUCUCCUUCCUUAUCUACUGGUGGUGCCACUAUUGCUGAUAUUAUAAGACCCGAAAAGUUGACUCCAUACAUAGCAUUAUGGGCAGUAGGCGCUGUUGCCUCUCCUACCGUCGGUCCCUUAUUGGGAGCUUCAAUGGUAGUUUCGAAAGAUUGGAGAUGGACUUUUUGGUUAUUAUUAUGGCUCUCUAUUCCAUGGCUGAUAAUCUUUAUCUUUUUCUUUCCUGAGACGUCGGCAGCUAACAUUCUCUCAAGGAGAGCCGCUAGAAUUAGAAAGCAAACAGGUGACAGUAGGUAUUACACCAGACAGGAAAGAAGUGACGCGAAAGUUAGUCCAAAGCAAUUUUUCGUCAAUACCCUUUAUAGACCAAUUGAAAUGAUCGCCAAAGAACCGAUUGUCAUGGCAUUUGACAUUUACCUAGCAGUGUGUUACGGCACAUUUUAUCUUUUCUUCGAAGCAUUCCCAAUUGUUUUUAUUAACAACUGGCACUUUACCAUUGUUGAAUUAGGACUCUCGUAUAUGGGAUUCAUUGCUGGUUGUUUCAUUGCAUUCUCAAUAUUGUUGUUCUUUACAAACAAAGUUGUCACUCCGCGUCGUGAUAAUGGUACUUUUGUUCCAGAGACAUUUUUAUUACUAGCAAUGUCUGUCAGUUGGUGCUUACCCUGCGGACUCUUUCUUUUUGGUUGGGCUGCAAUGACUCACUGGAUCGUUCCAAUAAUCGCAGAAAUCUUUUUUUGCAUAUGUGUAUUCAAUCUCUUUCAAGCAACAUUUUCCUACCUUGCAAUGUGUUAUCCUAAAUAUGUCGCCUCAGUAUAUGCCGGUAAUGGGUUAUGCCGUAGUGCAUUUGCUUGUGCUUUCCCACUAUUUGGACAGGCAAUGUUCAAUAACCUAGCAAUUGAUGGGUAUCCAGUAGCCUGGGGUACUUCAAUUCUUGGUUUUGUUUCCAUCGUUUUAGCUCUGAUACCUUUUGUCCUUUACAAAUAUGGCGCAGAUUUACGUUCCAGGUCUUCUUUCAAGGAUUAA